GAGGGAUAGACAUACAGGACAGCCGCGGUGCUCUGCUGUGGGUAAAAUGGAGCUGCCCGCCGCGGGAGAGCACGUCUUCGCGGUGGAGAGCAUCGAGAAGAAGCGCAGCAGGAAGGGGAGGUCCGAGUACCUGGUCAAGUGGCGAGGAUGGUCUCCAAAGUACAGCACGUGGGAGCCAGAGGAAAACAUCCUGGACCCCAGGCUGCUCGACGCCUUCCAGGACAGGGAACGCCACGAGCAGCUGAUGGGAUAUCGCAAGAGAGGACCCAAGUCCAAGCACCUUCUGGUUCAGGUUCCUUCUUUCGCUCGCCGCUCCAGCCUCCUGGCCGACCUCCACGAGGCGUCUCUGGACGAGGACGCCAGCCCGAUCCAGAUGCUCCGCCCCCAGCCAGGCCAGCAGUACCAGCUGACCAGCAAGAAGCACCACCAGUACCGGCCGCUGUGCCGGGAGCGCGGCGAGGCCGAGCAGCAACCGGCCAACGGCAACACGUUCUACUACCAGCUCAACGGCAAGAAGCACCACCCGUACCCGCCGGAGCGGCAGGACCACGACGCCGCGCUCCUCAAACCCCGAGCGGUACCGGCGCCGGAGUCGUCGAACAAGGGUUACAACCUUCCCCCGGUGCUGCAGCAGAAGUGGGUCAGGGACAAGGACUCCGGCUGCCUCACCAAGCUCAAGGACGUCGCCACGGAGCCGAAGAAGCUUCCGGCGGACCUCGGCGGCCGCGAGGAGCCAGAGAGGGCGGCGAAACCCAAAGAGUGCGGCGACCCGUCGCAGGGUAACGGCGCCGCCGGCAACGGCAAGCUGAAGAUCGUGAAGAACAAGGACAAGAACGGGCGGAUCGUCAUCGUCAUGAGCAAGUACAUGCAGAACGGCACGAAGGCGACCAAGGUUAAGAACGGCGAUUCGGAAACCGCCGCCGGAACGACGGGAACAGAAGGCGUCGACGGCGGCGGCGCGGAGGAAGAGGAGGAGAACCACCUCGAGAAGAUGAAGCUCCUCAAGAAGCUCGGCCUCAUGAACGGAUUUCCUAAAAACCCCAAAGACAAAACAGCGGUUCCCGCGUCGGGAUUUAACGGCCGUGAGGAGCCGACGGCGGAACGGGACGAAGGCGUCGAGGUCGUCGGCGGUCGACCUUUACGAUCGACGACCGCGCCUCGUCGGCUCCCCCUGCUGGACGCAGGAGGAAGCCCGGGUGGAUUUCAGGGACUGAAGCGACACCUGUCUGACCCCGAGGGCGACGACCACGGGGGCUCGAAGAGGUUUCUGAGCUCCAGGAGUAUAAGCCCCCCGGAUACGGCGGCGGCGGCCACCCGAAACUUCGGACACCGGAGUCCCGUUGGACCGCAGGACUGUGGGUACCCGGACCAGGAGGAACCGAUCGACCUGAGCGUCGUCAAGUCCAGGCCGGAGACGCGGACCGCGGCGAACACGCCGGAGGAAACGGACACGGGAACUCAGAGAGAAACUGAAACGAACGAAGAAGAGGAGGAGGACAUGAACGAAGAAGAGGAGGAGGACAUGAACUCGACGUCUUCUUCUGACGACAAGAAGACGGAAGAAGAGACGUUCCCCUCUUUCCGGCCUUUCCUCGGGAAUAUCGUGAUCACGGACAUCACCACCAACUGCCUCACCGUCACGUUUAAGGAAUACCUCGCCGUGUGACGGCGGGUCCCGGCUGUAUAAAUGUACAUCAGAUAUAUUUGUAUUUUUCGGACCCUCCGCCUUGCUUUCACUUUGUGAAUCCAUAUUUCUUCUUUCUGAACUGUUGUUAUCGCUGCAGAUGCAGAAUCUACGUGUCGCUAUUUCAAAGUUAGUUUUUUUUUUUUAAGCCAAAUUAGUCUGAUUGAAGAUCUUCAUCACUCUGGAGAUACUCUUCAUUUUUCUGUGAUGUCAUUUUGAUUCUACGCUCAACCGUCUGAGAAAACUAUAUUGAAACAAGGUUAUUUACACUGUAUGUGUGUGUGUGGGUGUGUGGGUGUGUGGGGCGCCCCGGCCCACUUUAGUGUGUGUGUCAGGGCCACGUUGGUGUGUUUGUUUGUUUGUGUGUGUGAGGCCCACGUGAGUGUGAGAGAGAGUGUUUGUGUGUGAGAGCGUGUGUAUGAGGCCCACUUUAGUGUGUGUGUGUGAGGCCUACUUUAGUGUGUGUGAGGCCCACGUGAGUGUGAGAGAGUGUGUGUGUGUGUCAGGGCCACGUUGGUGUGUGUGAGGUCCACGUGAGUGUGAGAGAGUGUGUGUGUGUGUGUAUGAGGCCCACUUUAGUGUGUGUGUGUGUGUGUCAGGGCCACGUUGGUGUGUGCGUGUUGGGAUGUGUGUGUGUGUGUGUGGACAGAUUUAAACAAGGAUGCCUGCUGCUUGGACCGAUUCUGCUAUUGGGCUUCAACGAGCACAUGAAGACAUAAAAGAAGCGUCUCUGUCAAUAAAUGUGAUUUACGUUGUCGAAAAGGGGAAAUAAGGUUUUUAAAUGAAAGAUUAUUAACGGUAAAUGUUUGAUAUUUCGCUCCUUAAGUGUUUUGUUGUUGUCGUGCGUCUCGAGAUCUGAUACUGAGCACAAGUCACUUCCACUAAGACGGCAGAGACGCAAACAACUCUAUUUAUUUUGUGAUUGUAGACAAAAAAAGGCUUUCUCUUCUUCAAUUGAAGCUUAUCAGUCACAAAUGCAGUUUGAACUGGUUUGAACGGUAUUGAAUGAACUUCAUGUGAGAGCACACGUCCUUUUUAAUAAAACAUACCCCAAAAUCCCUUCCAGCGCCCCGUGGUCCCAGGCGCAUUGAACUGCUCUCGACAUGCACUUUGGAUGUUUUGUGUGCAGCAACAAGAAAAAAGAGAAAAGAAAUGAAGGCUUCCUACGACACAUAUUUGCAAUAAUAAAAUUGUUUGCAAAUGA